AUGGGUGACUACGGGCAACAGCCGUACCACCUUCCCCUCGACUGGAGUAUGCAACUGCACUCUCUCGCGAACGAUGCCACCUUUAGAAACUACCGCAAGAACCUGUCGAGAGUUUCCAAGCCCAGCAGCGCUGGCAACAGUCCACACUCACAGACAAGACGGCGCACGAUGACCACAUACAACAACAACGGCUUUACUCAGGUCCUUCCUGUCCGCAACCUCUUCCACUUGAAUAAAAACACCAACACUACCACCCAGCAACGACCUUCAAGGCCUACCAGCUGGCAUCCGUCUAUGAAACAGCAACAGCAACCAUACUACGUACCUAAUUGCCACCCUUCAUGGCUGCGUGGUGAUGUCUCUGYCCCCGCCAUAGCCGCCCAGCAGCAGUCGGGGAUGACCUCCAUGUACGGUCUCUCAACGCCCAUCACAUGCCCCAUGAGCGGCGACCUACUCUCCACCAAUGACUACUUUGCCACUACUCACGACGAAUUCUACAACUUUUGCCCUCCUGAACCACAGGUAUACACCCCCGUCGAGCCAUCAGAUAUGUUGUAUUCCGAGCCAUCGGAAUGGUCAACAUACAGUAUGGAAGGCACGCCCGUUUCCACGUAUCCAUGGAUGCAACACAGUAGUGGAUUCGUCUCUUCGACAGACCCUGCAAUGUUGGACUACGGCCAUGAGAGCGUCGCUUCAGCUGAUGACUUCACCGCGCCACCUACACCAGACAUGGUCUACAACCAUCAGCAGCAACCACCAGCUUUGAUCUCCACCACGCAAGACAAUCUUGAAGAUGGUGGCGACGAUUUAGUUGCUGUUGGUCUUUACGACGAGCCCUCAUCGCUCUCAUUUUCGCUGUUGAGUGGUGGUGAUAAUACCUGCCAUUCUACCGGCAAGGGUCUCAAAUUGGAAGAGACUUUUACUCCUGCCGAGGACGAUGACGAGGAUGGAGAUGCCGAGAAUGAUGACUAG